AUGGCCAUGACAUCAGGGGCAUCGCCAAUUUCAGCUGCAACGAGAAUGGAGAAUGGGUUGACGCUGACUCGAAAUCUACUAUUGUCUUUCCCACUUGCCAUCGUAACAAAGAACUGCGGGAAACCAAGAGUACUUCAAAAUGCAAAAUUUACAGAGAAAAGCUACGUGUUUCCUAACAAAGUCACAUACAAGUGCAAAAAAGGAUACUGUGCUAAAGGAAACCUAAGCACGAGAUGUCUUGCAAAUGGAAAAUGGUCUGCUGAAGAUCGUUCUUGUAAACGUGUAAAAUGUUCAAUGUUGACAUCACCCAUGAACGGCUCUGUGAGACCAGACAUGAACCAAGAAAUAACUGUUGGAUUUCAAGCAAACUUUGCCUGUAAUCCUGGGUUUAUAUUAAAUGGAAGCUCAACAAUUUACUGUCAGCAAAAGGAAAAUCCGUUUGACUGCCAAGGAAAAUGGUCAGAAAAUGAGCCCAUCUGUGAACGUAAUGAUGUUGUACCCCAAGAAGUUGUGGAAAGCCAAUUAUAG